AUAGCAACAAAUACGCCAAACACAUCUUGCGGUGUAUUGUGCUGGGUGUAUGAUAGGACCCAGAGUCUCAGAAUGGUGACGCCCACUAGAAGAGUUUGUUAUCACUGACUGCAGAGCUUCACUAAACCACUUACAGACCAGCAGCACUCUGCUCUCCAGCUCCUCUAGUUCAUUUAGAAAGAUCCGGCAUAAUUCUGCUGUGUUUACUUCUUAAUUGUAAAAAGGUCACACAAUUCUUAAACCCUUCAGUUAAUUUCUAAACCAACAAAAGAUGUUAGACGUGUUUAUUUUCUUCUGUUUGUGCUCAUGGAGUUUGGCUGGUGUGUUUGGUGUUGAAGUGAAGCCUGUGUUGGUGACUGAAGGCGAUUCGGUCUCUCUACACAUCAGUGUUACAGAAGAAGAGAGAAAUAAUGAGAUCGAGUGGCGGUUUGGAAAUGGUUAUACUCUCAUAGCUAAACUCUUCACAAAGAAUAAUACGAGCAAAUUCUUUGACACGGCUGCUGACGGGAGAUUCAAAGGGCGACUGAAGCUGGACCAUCAGACUGGAUCUCUGACCAUCACAAACAGCAGAAGCACAGACUCUGGACUUUAUAAUGUGAUCAGCGAGCAUGGCAACCCACUCUUCACAUUCAACUGUACUGUAUAUGGUCGUCUGCCUGUUCCUGAUGUCCUCUUCAACUCUUCUCAAUGUUCUUCCUCCUUAUCUUCAUCCCAGAACUGUUCAGUGGUGUGUUCAGUGGUGAAUGUGAGCGCUGUGAGUCUCUCCUGGUACAAAGGAAAAAGUGUAUUGUCCAGCAUCAGUGUGUCUGAUCUCAGCAUCAGUCUCUCUCUACCUCUGGAGGUGGAAUAUCAGGAUAACAACACCUACAGCUGUGUGAUCAACAACACCAUCAGCAACCAGACCACUCAUCUGGACAUCAACACACACUGUCAGCCAUGUUCAGGUACAGCAGUGAGCAGAAUGGCAGUAGUUCAUUUAAACACUGAAUACGUAAUUAUUCUCUUUCUGUCUUCAGGUUAUAUUUACUGCUUUGGUAUUGAAGCUGUUAUCCGAUUGGUCCUCGCUGCACAGGUGGGCGUGGCUACUGUUGCUGUGCUUAUAUAUGACAUCAGAACCAGAAGUCUUCAUCUGAAGAGGAGAGGCCAAACAUCAGUAUCAAACACUGAUUAA